ACUUAAAAAAAAUCUAUGACGAUGCCAAAGAGAAUAUCAUUUCAGUGCGGAUUGAUCUUAUUCAUUUGGAACAUAAUCAUGAGUUCUUCAGAAAGGAUACAGAAAAGAAUCAGUUACAGUGCAACAAGACACAUGCUCCAGAAUACAUGGAGUUCCUUAGUGCGAUGCAAGAAAGCAGGAUUCCGCAACACUGUAUUAUGGAUUUUGUUUCAGAAAUGCAUGGUGGACCAGAGAAUGUACCGUUAACUACACAAGACAUGAUCAACCUGAAGAAAGCGCGACAAAGAGAAAGAAAUGCCAAUGAUGUGUCUAAGCUCCUAUCUUUUUUUGCAUUGUGUAAAAAAGAUAACCCACAGUUUUUCUCUGACUUCCAACUAGACCAAGAAGGAAAGAUUUUGAGCAUUUUUUGGUCCCAUGCUAGCCAGCAAGCAGAUUACAUUGACUUUGGAGAUGCAGUUACCUUUGAUACAACUCAUAAGACAAAUCUAUAUGACAAACCCCUGGGAAUGUUUGUUGGUUGUAACCACCAUCUGCAGUGCACCGUAUUUGGUUUCACAUUGUUGGGUGACGAAACUGUAGACACAUUCGAGUGGGUUUUCAAUGCAUUCAAAACAUGCAUGGGAGCUGAAGGACCACGAGUAAUGCAUACAGGUAUGAUUAAAUAA